AAGUAACUCUUGGGAAACUGUUAGCAGCCAGGGAGAGUUUCAGCACAUUUGUCCUUUUGGGUUGGAUAAGUUACUCUUGGGAAACUGAUCUGGGAAAAGAUUUGGGGUUUUGAGGUUUACCAGAUUAAGAUCCUUCUGUGAGCAACCAUUCAGAAAGUUAUAUAAAGACCUGUGUUUGCAGAAAUCUCUGCAACCCAACUGAACUCAGACAGAGAAGAACUUGGGAGAGUUUGAGCAGCCAAUAAUGGCUGUGUAUCGCAUACCGGAUGGGUUCAGUGACUUUGACAUAUUUGUCUUUGGCACUGUCCUGCUAGUUGAAGGUCUUCUGGGACUUCUUCUUAACUCCAUUGCAGCUCUGUCUUUUCUACUAGUUAAAGAGCAACGAGAUCCCAGCAAUUUCCUGGUGUUCAAUCUGAACAUCUCUGACCUCAUGCUCAACAUUAAUGCUCUGGUUGGUGCCUAUGCCACCUAUUACAGAGUUUGGCCGUUUGGUAUGGAGGGAUGCAACAUACAUGGAUUCCAGGGAGCAGUUGCUAUUUACGCAACAAUUAGCUUGCUUGCACUUGUUGCAUGGGACAAGUAUCACUACUGGUGUACUCAACAGGAAUUGUACUGGGCCACCUCUGGGACCAUGUGCGUGUGUGUUUGGGUGGCAGCCAUCUUCUGGGCAUCUCUUCCUCUACCAUUUUUCGGCUGGGGCACGUAUGACUUUGAGCCAAUGAAGACCUGUUGCUGUCUGGACUACACCAAGGGAGACUGGGGCUUCAUCUCCUACAUGCUAACAAUAGCUACCGUCUACCUCUUCAUCCCAUUGCUGAUCAUGCACGACUCAUAUAACUCCAUCUACGCAUACUUCAAGAAGACCCACAAGUUCAAGUUCAACACCUCCAUUCCAGAGCUGGCCUUGUUGAUUAUCUGGGGCCCGUACGCAGCAUUUUUAAUAUACGCCUGUUUUUAUGAUGUCUCAAUGGUUUCCCCAAAGUAUAGAACGAUGCUUCCUUUGUGGGCGAAGACUGGUCCGAUAAUCCACGCUAUACUUUACUCUUACACCAACAAGGCCUACAAAGGUGGAAUCUGGCAGUUGCUGACGGGAAAGAAGGCAAAGAAAACCAAAACGUCUUAAAAAAAAAAACCUAAAAUUAACAAGCCAUUCCACUGUUAGUGAUACAUUUUGUGUGAUUGGUCCCAAACUCUGGAACACUCUCUCACUUGCACGGUGUCAAUGCACUUCAUUCUCCGUCUCCAAACCUACCUUUUCACCAUGUCUUACCAAUCCUAGUGAUAACUGAUAUGUGAUUUUAUGGUUAUUAUUGUUGUUUUAUUGUUGUCUUGACUUAUUGACUUGCUGCUUUGCUACUUUGUUUUGAUUUUCCACAACGGGUUUGUUACUUUUAUUUUGACCAGUUGUCAUCGUUCUGUCUUAAACAUUCAAGAAAGGUUUGUUAUACAUGUCCCAUGAGAUUUCAUGAAUACUUAAAGUGCAGUUUAUGACCACUGCAAUGAAUGUGUUAGGAAGCAAACCGUACCAUACAGUAUUACUGCAUUAGUAUAGAGUAUUAAGCAUUACUGUUUCUAUAAAUAUGGAAUAUGCAUAUUAUGUACAUAUUAUGGAUAUGCUUGUAGGGUGUUUGCUUCUGGCUUUUGCUCAUACUGUAGCUGU